AUGAAUUCUCGGCAACAGCUCCUCGACUCUCUCACCGCCCACAUCUCCCUCUACCAUUCCCAAACCCCCUACCGUUUCCCGAACUCGAACCCAAAUCCCCGAUCCUCCGUGCUCCGAUGGUUCUCCUCUCUUUCGGUGAACCAACGCCGCGCCCACAUGACGGCUAUCGAUCCGAGCUUCAUCGCCAUCCUUCUCCAGAUGAAGGGGAAGCUCCGAUCGAACGGUGCCGGGCGCUUCAUCAUCCUCUCCGACCUCCCUCAAAAUAAUGAUUCUUCCAUGCCCACGCUCUGCUAUCGGAAAUCAGAGGGGUUGGUGUCCCGAUUUGCUGAGUUCAGUUGCGCCCAGCGCGUGAUUCACGAGUCGGUCGAGCUGUUCAGCUCAACGGAAGGUGAGAGGGAUGUUAAAGGGGACGCGAAUGGAUUUCCAUGUCUUGAUGCAAUGUGUGUGGCCGAGGGUUUAGUGUCUGACGUGAAUCAAUUUGUUGAGGUCAUGGAUGAGAUCACAAACGGGGAGUUUUUAAGGGGAGGGGAUGAGGGGGAGAUGGCUGGGGACUGGGUAGAGCUGGGGUGGCUGAAAGCAAAGGGCUAUUACAGCUUGGAAGAGUUCGUUGUGAAUAGAAUUGAGGUUUCUUUGAGGCUGUCCUGGUUGGGCAGUAACAGCGGGAAGAAAAGAGGUGUGAAGUUGAAGGACAAAGUUAGUGCGGCCGGUGUUGCUGCAAAUGUGUUCUGGAGGAAGAAAGGGUGCGUGGAUUGGUGGGAGAAGUUGGAUGGGUGCGUGAAGAAGAAGGUUUACAGUGCAUUCCUGGGAAAAGCUGCAGGAAAAUUGACAGAUGAUAUAGUAAAGGGAAACCUUCCCUUCUUGGAUGAUAAAAUGUGGUGCCUUAAUGAUCAAGAAAAACUAAUGCAAAGACGCGAUUCUUCUUUCGUCGGGACACGGAAUAUUGCAACAUGCAGAAGAACAUAUCCAAAAACAAAAUCGAACGACAAACAUGUGACUGUUCCUCAGAAGCUGUCUCCAUUAUACUACAUCUUCAACAGUUUGUAUAUUCUUCAGAUUAUUUGCAAUCUGCUAUCUGCAGCUCAGUGUGGUGAAUAUAAUAAGCUUUUUUUUAGCCCUCUGGACUCCGUAAGUAGCAUAUCAGACGUCAUGCUAAGAAAGUUCCGAGAUUUUCUCAUGGUUAUUUCACUUGACUGCACAAAAAUUGAGUUAUUAGGGGAAGGCACUAAGGCUCUUACCAAAAAACUAAAUAACAAACCUGUUACACCUAGCCGUAAGAAAAAAGGGAAGAACCAAAACAAAAAGUCCAAUCCCAUUCCAAGAUCUUGUCAAGAUGAUCCAAAACGUGCAAACCCUACUGAGGGAGAAGGGGAUGAAGUGUUGUGUACAAGCAAUGGCGUUGACAGACAUCCAAGCAAGUUUGACUGUGAAGUGCCACAUCCAAGAAAGUUUGACUGUGAAGUGCCAAAAAAGGAUCUCGUUAGAGAGGUUCUCUCACCUGCAGAUGCAAUGGAAUCUGUUAAAGGAGUGAAUAAUGGAAAAUUUCGAGGUGCUCCCAGGAAGAGUAGGAAAGAAAGAAAAAAGUAUAAAAGCUCUGGUCCCAAUGGCUCAGAAGUUAGUAGUUGCGAAUCAAGAUGCACUAGAGUUUCCCCUGCCUCCGUUAGCUCUCAACCUGGACCUCCCGUGCCUGAUUUGGCCAUGGGAUGUUCAACUUUUAAGAAUGUGACAAGUAAUGGUGGGAUUCAGAUUAACAGGCUGGAUGCAAAUCCAAUGCUGUGUAGCAAGUUAACUGAUGAUAACCCUGGUAACGUUUAUUCUACUGAAACUGAUAGUCACCUCUGCGUGAAGCAUCAUCCAGAUAUAAGUGAUGCAGUCCUAAGUGGCUCUGAAACCACUCGACAUAAUUCUUCAAAAUGUGAUCUGGAUUCUUGUGCCAAAACCUGCGAUCCUGCUGUUGAAUAUAAUGACAAGAUGUGCACAAGAGUCGUUAGCGGUCGAAAUCCUACCACUGGUUAUUUGGGCAAACUUUCGAGAGGUGGUGAAGAGGUAAAACCCCCUCUGGUGCAGGAGAAUGGAAGUCUUGGUGUCCUUAGAGUUGGGACCAUGAGUUCACCAGCAUACGUCUCUUAUGAGUGGCCCAAUGUAGCCCCCUUUCACCCAUCGACUAACGCACACCGCCCUGCAACCACCGACAGGUUGCAUCUAGACGUUGGUCACACAUUGCAAAAUAAUUUCCACCAUUCUUUUGUACAUACUGUACAAGUAAGAAAGUCUCCUAUUGACAAUAAUGGCUACAAUGGCAUUUUAUCCAGACCUCUUCCAAUGAGUUUAGAUUGGCCUCCCGUGGUGCGUGGUGUUAACAGAAUUGUCCCAUCAGUUACCUCCAAUUAUGAUACUGAGUUCAUUUCGAGGCGCCAGUCUCGUUUUCAGCAAGGUGUCACAGGUCAAAAUUUUCAUUGUGGUGUGGAUUCUGAGGAUGAAAGGACCAUUUCCAGUGACUUGAUUGACUUUCCUGAUGUUCCGAUUCCACAGGAACUGGUGGAAGAGCAUGAUAAAAAUUGGAUGUCUGAAGAAGAGCUAGAGACACAUGCAGUUAGCGGAAUGGAUUACAAUCAGUAUUUUGGGGGUGGUGUUAUGUAUUGGAAUCCUUCUGACCAUCCAGGGACCAGCUUCUCACGCCCUCCUUCUCUUUGUUCAGACGAUAGCUCCUGGGCUUGGAGAGAAGCAGACAUGAACAGGGCUGUUGAUGAUAUGGUUGCCUUCUCCUCUUCUUACAGCACAAAUGGUUUGACCUCUCCAUCUACUGCUUCUUUUUGCUCGCCAUUUGAUCCUCUGGGUCCGGGGGCUAUCGGUUAUGUUAUGCCUGGAGGUGAAAUUAGCAACAAGGUUCUGCAUUCUUCCUCGACAAUGAAUGACGGUGGUGCGGAGGAGAGUGUCUCAGGAUCUAUGUCCAAUAUUUCAGGUGAUGGAGAAAUGAAGACCGUAGAUUCCCAUCCAUACCCUAUAUUGAGGCCGAUAGUUAUUCCGAGUAUGUCGAGGGAUAGGUCAAGAUCAGAGUUCAAGCGUAAUUAUGAUCACAAAAGCCCUUGUGUUCCUCCAAACAGAAGGGAACAUCCUCGGAUAAAGAGGCCGCCUUCUCCUGUAGUCUUAUGUGUGCCACAUGCUCCACACCCCCCUCCACCUUCUCAUGUUGGUGAUUCCAGAAAGCAAAGGGGUUUUCCUACUGUGCGCUCUGGUAGCUCGAGCCCAAGGCAUUGGGGUGUGAAAGGUUGGUUCCAUGAUGGUGUCAGCUUUGAAGAAGCUUGUGUGCCAAUGGAAGGGAGUGACAUAGUUUGGCCUUCUUGGAGGAACAAGGCCCUUUCAGCCCGCCAGUUGCCUCAGCCUUUAGCAGGACCGUUUCUUCAGGAUCGUCUGAUGGCAAUUUCCCAGUUAACUCGUGAUCAGGAACAUCCAGAUGUUAUAUUGCCUUUGCAACCGCCUGAUACACAGAACUGUUCAACUCGCAAAGCAUCUUUGUCACUUAUUCAUGAUGUUUUGCAUGAUGAAAUCGACUUGUUCUGCAAGCAGGUUGCUGCUGAGAACUUAAUCAGGAAGCCGUACAUUAACUGGGCUGUAAAGCGAGUUGCACGGUCUCUCCAAGUCUUGUGGCCUCGCGCUAGAACGAAUAUUUAUGGUUCAAAUGCCACUGGCUUGUCUUUGCCAUCCAGUGAUGUGGACCUUGUGGUUUGUCUUCCUCCUGUGAGGAAUUUGGUGAGAUAUUCUUUCUACUGGUUGAAAUAUCCUUUGAAAGAUAAAUUUAUAAAAACAAGCUUCAUAUCCAGUUGCUUUUUUCAGGAACCUAUUAAAGAAGCUGGGAUCUUAGAGGGACGUAAUGGAAUUAAAGAGACUUGCCUUCAGCAUGCUGCCAGAUAUCUUGCGAACCAGGAAUGGGUCAAAAGUGACUCUCUCAAGAUUGUUGAAAAUACUGCUAUACCAAUCAUAAUGCUUGUGGCGGAGGUUCCUCAUGAUCCCAUCAUGACUCAGUCAAAUGUUCAAACAUCAAAUCAAGAAGCAGAGCAGUUAUGUUCUACAGGAGGAGACCAUUUUCAGCCUGAUACGACUAGUUCAGAGGGAAAUGCUUCACCGGAAUGGAGUAAGACAAUGAGUAAUAUAAAUGAUGGGUUCAAGUCUGUUCGUAUUGACAUUAGUUUCAAGUCUCCUACACACACUGGACUUCAGACAACUGGACUGGUGAAAGAUCUUACUGAGAGGUUUCCUGCCGUAAUGCCACUUACAUUGGUGCUAAAACAGUUUCUAGCUGACCGUAGUCUGGAUCAGUCUUAUUCGGGUGGUUUAAGCUCAUAUUGCCUGAUACUACUAAUCACGCGCUUUCUGCAACAUGAGCAUCAUCAUGGCCGACCAACCAAUCAAAGCUAUGGAAGUCUCCUGAUGGAUUUUCUAUAUUUCUUUGGCAAUGUCUUUGAACCGCGACAAAUGCGUGUUUCAGUACAGGGAAGUGGUGUAUAUUUGAAAAGGGAACGUGGCUGCAGUAUUGAUCCACUUUACAUUGACGAUCCCCUAUUUUUGACAAACAAUGUCGGGAGAAACUGUUUCCGUAUACAUCAGUGCAUCAAGGCGUUUGCUGAUGCAUAUGCAAUGCUGGAGAACGAGCUCACAUGCGUCCAUAAUGAUGAUGACAGUAAUGCCAAGCCCCACUGUGAACUGCUUCCAAAAUUAAUUCCAAGCAUUGCUCAUUUCGUGGGGUCCUAA